CACUUCUUUCUCCAUAUAUACAAAUUAAAAGUGUUAUAAGCAGUUUGAAGAAAAUGGCUUCCAAGACUUUGCUUCUGUUGGGUGUGUUUGCAUUUCUUCUCGUCGUCUCAGCAAGGCAGUCGGGCACGGUGAACUCAGAGAGUGAGGAAACUGUGAAACCUGAUGGAUAUGGUGGUGGCCACGGAGGAGGACACUACGGAGGAGGAGGCCACGGGGGACAUGGAGGCCGCGGGGGACAUGGACUAGAAGCUGUUCAGAGCACGGUGAAGUCAGAGAGUGAGGAAAAUGAGAAACCUGAUGGAUAUGGUGGUGGCCAUGGAGGUUACAACGGAGGAGGAGGACACGGAGGAGGACACGGUGGAGGACACUACGGAGGAGGAGGAGGAGGACACUACGGAGGAGGAGGAGGAGGACACUACGGAGGAGGAGGAGGACACUACGGAGGAGGAGGACACUAUGGAGGAGGAGGCCAUGGUGGACGCGGGGGACACGGAGCAGAAGCUGUUCAGACUCAGCCCGGUCAUUAAAAUCUAUGAAAUAUACUUUUAAGUCUCAUAUAUGCACAUACGUGUGUAUGACUCUAAGUAAACAUUGGUGCAUUUGUAAUGAAGUGACUCAAGUUUAAGAAAAGAAACUAUGAGAAUAAACUUAAUAAUGUAUGUCUCUGUGUUCGAGUUGUAAUCUUCACUCUUUGCAUAAUAAAAUCGUCUGUACUUUAUGUUA